CAUCUUCGCAAGCCAAGUGUCCGAUUCGCUUACUCUCAUCUACCCCUUGGCAGAUUUAGUCAAGUUUCUAAGCUUUCAAAAUAUCGCGCUUUGACUUUCCAGGGCAUCCAAUCAGAUCGCGCCAUACAUACACUUUCGGUUUGAGUAAUGGCGACCUCCAUAUCUAGCCCGUGUUGUCGCCUCUGCCAUGGAAUUUUGCCCAAAAAACAAAGACGAACGAUCUUUGGAGAAAGCUUUGGCGUGUAUGAUCAACUGCUAGAAAUAAUAGAUCAGAUUCCUCACCCAAAUGACGAAAAAGGGAAUUACAUCUGCGGUAUGUGUUGGAAUAAACUAAACAGAUUGGGUAAAAUCGAAUACGACAUAAAAACAAAGUUAGAAAAGUUAAAAUCUGAAAGGCAUGACUUGAUACGCGAUUUACGCUUGAAGCACAAGGGCGAUAUAAGCGUACAGCAAGUAUGUACACCUAAAUCCAAAAAACAUUUAAUUGUUCACUCGCCAACACCGAGGAAAGUAAAACAGCUGUUCACUGAAUCCAAGUCCACUCAGCUGACGGAUACUCCAACAUCAUCAUCGAAUCCUGUGACCGACGACAAAUACAGGAAGAAAGUGAACAUUCAGCUUUUCUCUCCCAGUAAAAUCAAGGUUGUAUACAGAGGUCCAAAAGAAAAGCUGAAAUCCAAAGUUAUCCCUGCUGGAGAUUCACAGAACAUCAUUAGAUGUAUUUCAAGGGGUGAAUCCCACCAGAAAACAUCCAAAGUAAUCUACAAUUCCACUUUACAAGACAAUAUCCAUAACUGUGUGAUCAAAGAUCUCAGAAAGGAACAAGCUUUCAUCUACCAAGACUAUGUCAUGUCUUAGAAAGACAUCAAGUGACAAGUUAGCCACGAUUAACUUCGAGUCAUGGGAUUUGGAGCUACAGUUACAUUCCCCAUUAUUGUAUAAGAUAAUAUCUGGUUUCUUCAAUCCCCAUAAUCAUGUUGCAGUGGCAGUGAUCGCUGCUGUUAUCCAAAAGAAUCGAGUUAUGCACAUGUCUGCCUUUCAUCAUGCAGUAACUCAAGUUUUGGAUAAUGGUGGAGCAACGGAUGAG